CUUUCUCCGGACCCUCUCUCCAAUGUUUGUUUAUUUAUAUCGGUUUUGUUUGUUCCGGAAUAAGCCUGGCAGCGUGGGAAUUUGCUGAAGGAUGUCUGCGCUAAAGGAGAAUCAGUGUUACGGUCUGUCCAGUGGUAAACUGAGCCGCGGAGGUAACGUCUCUGUUAUUCACGUCAAACUCACUGACAGCGCGGCUAGAGCCAUUAGCACCUAUCAAAACGGCAAGGGCUGGUCCUCCUGUCCCACCAUCUGUUUUAACGGAAACCAAGGGAGAAUCACGAUCCCUUGCUUGAAGGAUAGAGAUGAAGUGAAGGUUUUCACCUUUGGCAUGACUAAUGUUGCCUCUGAUAAUCCACAUGGAAGCUUUGACUGCGUCCAACAGCUCAGCAAUGGUGCUGCUGAGGAACUGUCAUGUCUCGGGGUGAUUCAGAAGAAGAUGACAGUCAAAGCCACAGAUGACUCGUAUGAUAAGGCUCUUCAGAGCAUGGCUCAAGCUGAGGAGGAGACACGUAGCCGAGGGGCCAUUGUCAUCAAACAGGGGGGGCGCUUCCAGGGCAAGAAGGUGACGGUACGAGCCCCGGCUCCAGCGCUGGCCAGCCUCACCAAACCUCGUCACUCCCCUCAGUCCCUCCUCAGUAACAUUAAGAAGGGGGUCGGCACGUCCAAGCCGAGGAAGGGAGCCUGUGCAUCAAACAGGAAGGGCAUGAGUGACGUGCAAGAGAGACCGCUUAGGGAGCGGGUGAAACAUCUGCUGGCUCUGAGACCAUACAAGAGGCCUGAGCUGAUCUUGAGACUGCAGAAUGAUGGACUGACAGCGGCAGAGAGUGACAUGCUCCACUCUGUGCUGAUGGAGGUUGGCCAGUUGAAUACUAGAGACAACGCUUUUGUACUGAAGGACAGUCUGUAUAAGGAGCUGCAGAAGGACUGGCCUGGAUACACCCCAGGGGACCAGCAGCUUCUUAAACGAAUCCUUGUCAGGAGACUGUUUCAACCACAACAGAACCUCCUCUCUGUUCCCGAGGCCCAGGUCAGCCCACUGCGAGACACCCCCAACUCCUCCCCAGCACAUCGCCCAAAACAUUCCCUGCCAGAGGAAUACACUGAUCCUCUUGUUAGCAAGAAACCCAGGAUAUCCCACUUGUCUAGCAAAACAGUCAGUGUCAAGUCAAAAAGAUCGAGGCCGUCUGAUCAAGCGGCUCAUAAAGAUGUCACAGCAGCGACAGCAGAUGACGGGAAAAGGAACUCGCUUGAUCCUCGAAAGCUUUUUGACUCCUUGCAGUCAGCAGUCUGUCAGCAGGAAGCGGAUGUGACUGACAGGCUGAAGCAAACUCCCUGUGCUCAGGAGGAGCCUGAGGGCCCAGCAGACCACCGUCAACCGGACUCUGAUCGCCCCCCGUCCCCUCUGAUAGUGCCCGAUCUGGACAGAUACACAAUCAAAAGAAAGAAGAGCAAACACAAACACAGAGACAGGGAGGAGAGGUGGGGUGACAGGAAAGAAAAGAGAAAAGAUCACAGCACAGAGGGGUCAAACAAGAAAGUCUCUCUGGACUGCACUGACCCUGAAGAAAUGUUAUUUGACUCUAAUGUGCUCCAAGCAGACAAUGAAACAGUGGAUUAUUUAUCGGAGUAUGCAACGAUUGCUGGCCAUGACCAGAGACAGAGGUACAAACAAGACUUCAACAAGGAGUACAGCGAGUACCGAGAUUUACACGCCCGCAUCGACGGUGUGACGCGGCAGUUCAUGGAGCUAGACGCACAGCUCAAACAGCUACACCAUGAAUCACGUAAAUACAAGACUGUUCAUAAUAAGAUUCUUCAAGAGUAUCGUCAAAUUAAAAAGUUCAACCCCAACUACCAACAGGAUAAGGUUCGCUGUGAGUAUCUACACAGCAAACUGGCCCACAUAAAGAAGCUCAUAUCAGAGUACGACCAACAACAACUCAGCGCGCACCGUUCCUUUCCCAACUGAAGAAGCUGACUCACAGACGAGUGAACUUAUCGAUUUCAGUAAAUACCCUGAGGCUGGGAUGAUUCAAGCUGCAGAGCUGAAUGCCAUCGAGCUGGUUUCUAUGAGCAGCAUGGCUAAAUGCAGUCUCUUGAGACCUGCUGGAAAUGUCAGUGAGGUUGGGAAGUCAUUUGUGAAGAGCAGCAGUGGCACGUCGGGGAAAAGCAGCCCUUUAAUAUGAGUUCUGUUCUUGGAAUAUGAGAUAUUUUCUUUGAACCAAAGGGCUGGUACUACAGUGACAUGAUACUGCCAAGGACACAACGUGUAACAAUAGUUUUACAAAGGCUCUUACAUCUAAAACUAAGCUCUUUUAAAAAUGAAAACGGAUCAUCAUGAAGGGAAGGUGCUAAGCCUAAAAACACUUGUAGAUUCUUGUCCACAUCACACAUUUUAGUUGUUUUGUGAAAGAGAUAAAAACAUGAGUAUUUGCUUAUGUGUUCUGUCAGCCAUGUGACUGUUCACAUUUUCAGCUGGAAGCAUGACACUGCACAAACCUAGACAGCUUAUAUUAAUAGCAAGUGAGGGUUACUUCUCUUCUUGUUAACGUUGUCAGAAAAGAGAUGUGCAUGUCCUGAGAAGACAUCUGUCCUCUUAUUUGGGUUUGGGGAAAUGAAACUUUGUCAGUGUUGUCAGUUCUUAGUUCAGGCCUUAUCUACUCACAGAGGGCUGAAUUCAUAGUAUUCCACUGGUGUUAUCCUUCAUUCAUCGUUUUCUUGGAGCACAGAAGACUGUUACGUUGAAUAUAAUGUGAACUUGAAGUUGUAUUCAGGGAAUUUACAGUAUGAGUUUAAGUAUGUUUAAUUUGAAACUGGUUUUAAUUAUCAGAGUAGAGGAAGUUAUGGAUUUAUUACUUUAGGCUGGGAUGGAAAAGAAAUGUUGCAUGCAGUGUACAUUACAAAAUGCAUGAGAAAAUAAAUCUGAUUUUGUUUGAGUUAAAAAAAAAAAAAUAUUGUGUAUUCAUUUUGUAUGUUUGUCCUAAUCUAUAUGUCAUUUUCAUUCACCAGCCUGUCAAAAACCUCAAGCAGUGUUCUUAUCAUAAAUCCCCUGAUUGUAUUAUAAUACUCUGAAGUUAGAAAAUAGAAGUAAAG